AUGGACCUUGUCAGUGUUCAAAUAACGAUGGUGAUUCCUCUGACGGUGUCCACUUCUUCGUACUUGUAUAUAUAUUAUCCUUGUCAAGAUUAUCCAUUGAUUUAUAAAGGUGGUAAAAAUGAAUGCACCGAUAAAUUUGGACUGUGUUAUUUUCUACCAUACAAUCAAACUGUAAAUCCAAUUAAUUAUAAUGAUGUUAUACAAAAUAAAACAAUUGUAGUUAUCCUACACUGUGAUGAAAAAAUUCAUGAUUAUAAAUUAACAGUUGUAAAUAAUUCCAAUGAUAAACAUGUAUUAAACCUUAGUACAAAAUAUGCAUGUAUUGAAACUGCAAAACACAUGUCAGGUUUUGGAGUUUUUAUGUUAAUAUUAGUCAUAGUUGCAAUUAUUUAUUUUGUCGGUGGUAUACUUAUAUUGAAAUUUUUAAGAGGAGCGACUGGUAUUGAAAUGAUUCCCAAUCACGAGUUUUGGUGUGGUUUACCUCAUUCCAUUAGGAAUUGUUUUAAUUAUGUUAAAAGUUGUGGAAAAGAAAAACCAGAUACAUAUGAUUCAAUAUAG